AUGAUCUUGGCACCCGGCUUGGCGUUUACAUUGCUGAGUUCUGCCGAUGAGAGAUCACACAGUCGGCCACGGCUUCUUCCGAUGGUACAAGCCACCAAGGGCGAAAUCGAGUUUCAAUCCGAUGAGUCCAAUUAUGGUCGGGGCGAGAUGCAUCUCUCGGCAGUGCUUGACAUUGGUGAUGUAGUCGUCUACCAGACGGGAACUUGGCUGGUCGAUGGGGUGCAAGUGGGAGAUGGAAGUCCGCCAAAAUAUGAGUAUGGUCUUGUCGAGACCAUACAAUUGGUUUGGACUCAUAACUGUGAGCAUGGAGUGAUCAGAGCCCUACCGCUGGCACUGUUGGAGGAUGGCGAGGCUCAAGUUUUGAGAAUUGAAGAAGAAGAAUGCAUUGAAUUUGGUCCAGAGCAACUCGUUGCAAAACUGCCUCUGCAGUGGGAUGAGGGAGCCUCUGAAGCAACAGUAGAAUCCCCUUUAGAGUUGAGUGAAGAACUAUGGGAGCCGAUGGCAUCGUGA